AUGACGAAGGCUGUUGAAAAUGUGCUCGUACAAUUUAAGGAAAGAUUUGGCAGGUAUCCUAAAACGGCACGGUUUGAUUACGGAAAGGAAUUCUACAAUGUGGGAGUAAAGACGUUGCUAAAAGAUCAUGAUGUUCACUACUUUUCCACAAGAACAUUCCGAAAAGCCGCAUUCGUCGAAAGAUUCAAUAGGACCCUAAAAACACGAAUGUGGAAAUACUUUACGGAAAGUAGGACGAAAGUUUGGGUGGACAUCUUACCUGCUCUCGUCAGAUCCUAUAAUAAUUCCACACACAGAACAAUAGGAAUGGGACCGGCGGAUGUGAAUGAGGAAAAUAAGGACGAA